CAUUCACGCUUACCGUGCGUUCACAGGGAUUACGGAAACGGAGGGACAGUCUGUGUGUGCGAUGAAAGCCAUUGCGACGACUUGGAGGCCAUUCACAGGACUGACAAACAGGUGGUCACUGUUUACGAGUCGUCCAGAAGUGGCCAUCGAUUGGACAAAUCUGUACUUAAUUUUGGUCAAAAGUUUAUAACUAAAGCAAACAAAUCGGUGACAAUAAAUGUGGACAAAACUAAACCCUUAUAUCAGGCAAUCAUAGGGUUUGGGGGCGCCUUCACAGACGCCGCCGGUAUUAACAUUAAAAGUUUGCCACAAAUACUGCAAAAGCGGUUAAUUGAGGACUAUUUCGGGGAAACGGGUAUUGAGUACACAUUGGGUCGGAUACCGAUCGGGAGCUCAGACUUCUCCACACAUGCCUAUAGCUAUGACGACAACUAUAAAAAUGAUUUCCAAUUAAACCACUUUAAUCUAACGGAAGAGGAUUUUGAUCUUAAGAUACCCUUAAUUAAAGAGGCUAAAAAAGUGAGCAAGCACAAUUUACGACUUAUUGCUAGCCCAUGGUCAGCACCGGCCUGGAUGAAAACUAAUUCAGAAUUAAACCAUGGUGGUUUUCUAAUAGGUCAACCUGGAGGAAAAUAUUACAAGGCAUUUGCUAAUUAUUUAGUCAAAUUUCUGAACGCCUAUAAAGCACAGGGAAUACCCGUUUGGGGCAUAACUAUAGAAAACGAACCCGAGAUGCCUAUGUUUUUUGACAACAUUCUAGGCAUAAAACAUCCGUUCAAUAGUAUGACAUUCACUCCCGAACUGUACCGGGAUUUCCUGAAACUAGACUUCGGUCCCAUUAUGUCUGCCGCCGGUUAUGGGCCUAACGUUACCCGAGUUAUGAUUUGUGACGAUAACAGGCCAUACAUUAGCCAAUGGGCUCAAGUCAUAUACGGAGACAUAGAGGCGGCUCAAUACGUGUACGGAAUGGCUUUUCACUGGUAUAUGAACAGUGAAAGCAAUGUGGGCAAUUUGGACAUUGUGCACAAUCAGGAUCCGAGCAAGUUUAUUUUGAGCACUGAGGCGUGUGAAAUGUGGUUGGGUAUGGAUCACCAUGUUCAUUUAGGCAGUUGGAAAUUAUUUGAAAAGUACGCCACUGACAUAAUUACGGUAGCACACUAUGCGUUCACAUACCUGGGUGGACCCAAUUGGGUGAAUAACUUCGUUGACGCGCCGAUUAUAGUGAACGCUACGGCCCGGGAGUACUACAAACAGCCGUCGUUUUACUCGAUCGCACACUUCAGUAAAUUCCUUCCGCCCGGCGCUCAACGCCUGAACCAUACGCUCGCAGUCGACGGCCCGACAGAUGCGGACACUCUGUUGACCACC